AUCCUUUCCAGUUCAGAAAUUUCCAGUCUAGACGAUGUUUUUUAGAGGGUCCUCUGUACGGAGAAUUCGUUACCUGUUCUAUCUACACAGCCUAACAAUGUUCUUAUUAGUCACACUACCACAUCUGACUCGGGUAGACAACAAUACAAGAGUGGUGGCAACAAUAAGAGCAUGGGGUCGGGAUUCUACAAAUCUGAUAAGAACAUUGGAAUUUGUAGACAGGAGCAAGGAGAAAUUGUAUGUUUCUACUGUCAUAAACCAGGUCAUAUCAAGCUGGAUUGUAGGAAGCUAUAGUAUAAGAAAGCUCAAUUUGUUCAUAUUGAAUCUAGUUCUGAGACCUCUAAAAAGUCUGUUACAAUACCUGCGGAUGAAUGCCAGAAUGACUCAGCUUCAAGAAACUGUGAAACAGCCAUCCGAUCACAUUACAGCUCUUGUUGAGUCAAGUAAACUCAAUACAUGUCUUGUUUCCUCUUCUUCAAAAUGGGUCAUUAAUUCUGGUGCUACGGAUCACAUGACAGGAUCUCAUGACGAAGAAGAUUAUUGGUCAGGGACAUGAGUCUGAUGGUCUCCACAUUCUUGAUACCCAGAAACCAUAAUCUAUAGCUUGUGCUGGAACAGUCACUUCUUCUGAAGAACAUUGUCGAUUGGGUCAUCCUUCGCUUUCUAUGUUAAAGAAACUUUGUCCUCAGUUUUCCAACCUUACUUCUUUAGAGUGUAAGUCUUGUCAAUUUGCUAAACAUCGUCAUCUUUGUUCUAGUCCUAGAGUCAAUAAGCAAGCCACUGCUCCCUUUGAGUUAGUACAAUAUGAUGUUUGGGGUCCUUGUCCAGUUACAUCUAAAUUGGUUUUAGAUAUUUUGUUACAUUUGUUGAUGAUUAUUCUAGAAUGACAUGGCUUUAUUUGAUGAAAAA